CAGGGGGAAGAUUUGUGGGUCAGUCAGGUGAUAAACGCGAGGCGGAGUUUGAGGGGUUGCGUUUGUUAAGAAGCUCUGGCUGGCAGUAAAGAAACCAAAUCGGGAUGUAGUUAAGUCUGUAUAUUUUAAGUAGUCUGAUUAAUACUGCAGCGGUCUCCAACUUAUUUUCCAUGGCUAGCACAUUGCGCUAUCAUGACAAAGUUGUCAUAGUCACAGGAGGAUCAAAAGGAAUUGGGAAAGGAAUUGUUCAUGUGUUCGUGAAAAAUGGGGCGAAGGUUGUGUUCUGUGCUAGAGGGGUGGAAGCAGGGCAGUCACUGGAAGCGGAACUUAACGGCACAGGCCCCGGAACCUGCCUGUUUGUGCCCUGUGAUGUUACCAAGGAUGACGAUGUCAAGAAUCUGAUGUCAGUGACAGUUGAGCGCUUUGGUGGAAUUGACUGCCUGAUCAACAAUGCAGGAUGGCAUCCUCCUCAUAAGGCGAUCGAUGAGACCACAGCAGAGGAAUUCAGAGAUCUUCUCAACUUCAACCUCAUCAGUUACUUCCUCGCUACAAAGCUGGCCCUCCCUCACCUUCGACGUUGCCAGGGAAACGUCAUUCACGUGUCCAGCCUGGUGGCUUCAAUCGGACAGAAGCACGCUGUUCCGUACGUCGCGACCAAGGGGGCGAUCACUGCUAUGACCAAAGCUAUGGCCAUUGAUGAGAGUCGGUAUAACGUGAGAGUCAACUGUCUCUCUCCGGGUAAUGUGCUGACUCCCCUGUGGGAGGACCUAGCCGCUCAGUCAGGAAAUGCUGCUGCCACCAUCAAAGAAGGAGAGGAAUCUCAGCUGAUUGGUCGGAUGGGAACAGAAACCGAGUGUGGAUUGGCUGCCCUGUUCUUGGCUGCUGAUGCCACUUUUUGCACUGGGGUGGAGCUGCUGUUCAGUGGAGGAGCAGAACUGAACUACGGGCGCAAGAGCCAGAUCAAUUAAUGGAGCCAGAUCAAUUAAUCACUGGAUGCAGAGAACUGGCACAGCAGCGCUAAAGCACUGACCGGGCUGAAUAGUGCUGAUAGUUAUUCAGUGAGACGGCAAAUACAAAUCACACACAACUGAAGAUUAUAGAACUCACAGGUAGCUUUAGAAUUAUUCACAACACGAUAAGCAAAAAAAAUUGGUGAGAUGUUUUCUUUGUGGAUCUGCCUCUAAGCCAAUGAAAUCAGCCCACACUUGAACUUCAUUGGUUCAGAACAGGCAUCUAGGGAGUAAAACAUCUCAGACGGUUGCGGGUCAUCUAGACCAAUGCAAUAUGCGAUUAUAAUGUUCUCACUGGGAAAUUGUAUUUAUCCAGUGAUGGUAUGUACUGGGCACUGAAAUGUUUAAAAACACCACAAUGUCAACAUCUAUUUCUCAGUCACAAGAAUGUAUGAUAAAUUACAUAUUGACACAUUU